AUGGGUAACACCAAGAGCGGCGCUGUGUCCAAGGAGAUCCUGGAGGACCUGAAGCUCAACACCAAGUUCUCAGAGACUGAGAUUGUCCAGUGGUAUGAAAACUUCAAGAAGCAGUGUCCAACGGGCCGCAUCACAAAAGAGGAGUUUCAGACCAUCUACAGCAAGUUCUUCCCAGAGAGCGAUGCCAAUACAUACGCCCAACAUGUCUUCCGCUCUUUCGACACAAACGACGAUGGUACACUGGAUUUCAAGGAGUACAUCAUUGCCCUCCACAUGACAUCAACAGGGAAGACCACCAGGAAGCUGGAAUGGGCCUUCUCGCUGUUCGAUGUGGACAAGAAUGGAUACAUCACCAAGGCAGAGGUCAAGGAAAUCUGCACGUCAAUUUUCAAGCUGAUUCCUAAAGAUGAACUGGCUGAUCUGCCUGAUGACGAAAACACAGCCGAGAAGAGGGCAGAUAAACUCUGGAAGUACUUCGAAAAAGGCGAAGAUGAACGAGUUGCAGAAGGCGAGUUCAUCCAGGGAGUGUUGGACAAUGACGAAGCUCUCCGUUUGAUUCAGUAUCAGCCUCAGAAGUAA